AUGGCCGCACGUACGCUGAGGAUAGGCCUCAUCCCCGGCGACGGCAUUGGCCGCGAAGUCAUCCCCGCCGGCCGCCGCAUCCUCGAGGCGCUGCCCUCGUCACUCGGCCUCCGCUUCUCCUUCUCGCACCAUGAGGCUGGCUGGGAGACGUUCCAGAAGACGGGCGCCGCCCUCCCCGACCAGACGGUCGAGGCGCUCAAGUCGGACUGCGACGGCGCCCUGUUCGGCGCCGUCAGCUCGCCCACAGUGCAGACCAAGGGAUACUCCAGCCCCAUUGUGGCGCUGCGCAAGAAGAUGAAGCUGUACGCCAACGUGCGGCCCGUCAAGAGCGUCAGGGGCGCCGUGCGCGACGUGGACCUGGUCAUUGUGCGCGAGAACACGGAAGAUCUCUACGUCAAGGAGGAGAAGACAUACACUGCCCCUGACGGCUCCAAGAUUGCCGAAGCCAUCAAGCGCAUCUCCGAGACGGCGUCGUUCAACAUUGCCGCCAUGGCUGGCGACAUUGCGCUGCGCAGGCAGCGCGUGAGGGACGCUGGCGGCAGCUCCAUGCACAGCAGCCCUCUCGUCACCAUCACGCACAAGUCCAACGUCCUGUCGCAAACCGACGGCCUCUUCCGCGAAACGUCGCGUCGUGCCCUGCAGGACGCCAAGUACCAGAUGGUCGGCGUCGAGGAGCAGAUCGUCGACUCCAUGGUCUACAAACUGUUCCGCCAACCCCAAGACUACGACGUCAUCGUCGCGCCCAACCUCUACGGCGACAUCCUCUCUGACGGCGCCGCCGCCCUCGUCGGCUCCCUCGGCCUCGUCCCCUCUGCCAAUGUCGGCAAAGACUUCGUCAUUGGCGAGCCCUGCCACGGCUCCGCCCCCGACAUCGAGGGCCAGGGCAUUGCAAACCCAAUUGCUACCAUCCGCUCCACCGCCCUCAUGCUCGAGUUCAUCGGCGAGGAGGAGGCGGCCGCCAAGAUUUACCAGGCUGUUGAUGCCAACCUCGAGGAGGCCAAGCUGCUGAGCCCCGAUAUGGGCGGCAAGGCCAAGACGGAGGAGAUUAUUGACGACAUCUGCAAGAGGUUGUAA